UUGGACAUUGAACAUAAACACGCAUGGUUAUUCUCCAGUUUCUAAUCUAGCAAGAGUUAGACGGAUUUUGGUCGAGUAGGAUUAAUUUCCUGCUCAAUUUAAGUAAAUUAAAAUUUAAAGCAAUCAGAAAUACGAUUCAGGAGUUGCAAAAUUGUACUAAAAAUUUCACAAUGGUUCUCCCAAAUUCUACAGUUUUAAUUAUUUUAUUAUUGCAAGGGAUAUUCUCACAAUGUUCUUCAGGAAGAGUCGUCAAUUACUUUCCUACGGACGAACGAGAGAUUGACGAAAGAGAGGUGAUCCAACUGCCUUGUUCUUUGGACCUGAUGGACCCCAUCAGUGACUUGGUUUUAAAAAUUAUUAAAGAAAUCCAAUCUCAUAUGCAUGACGGCAUACCGUCAAUGGGAAUUCCGCCACUCGAUCCACUCAACAUUUCAAAGUACGACUUUGAUGUCCGUGAACCCAGUUUCAAGGCUUAUGGACAAAUUCGAGACGCGUUGGUAAAAAAUCUGUCCACUUUCAACGUGACCAACAUAAGCACAAAGCUGCUCAAGAAGAGUGUUAAUGUUUCAAUUGAAAUACCAAAUUUGCUCAUAACAGGAGACUACACGCUAAAAGGGAAAGCAUUUUCCUUUUUCCCAGUCACGGGUCAAGGCGACUUCCUCCUUAAACCUGAGGAUGCGAAAUGCACAAUUUAUACCCAACUUGGUUACAAGGAUGGUCACUUUUACCUCACAUCUUUUGACUAUAAGUUGACCAUCGGGGACAUUUAUGCAAAAUUUGAUGGGAUUUAUGGGAGUGGUCUCAUAAGCGAUAUUCUGAACCAGAUCCUCAACAAUUUUGGCACAGCGUUGUUUAAUCGCUUAGAGCCUCUGGUACACGAAGACAUUAGGAAAGAACUCAUGGAGGACAUUGAUCGCAUUUUAAAGGACAUAAAAGUCAGCCAAUUGGGAGAUCUCCUGGGAAUGAUGCCUCUUUUAUGUUAACUUAUGAUUGCACACUUAUAAUUAUUUAAACAGAUGGAGAUUAUUAUUUCAUAAGUGGCUUAUCAAUGUCAUUUUAUAAUUUUAAAAUAAAUAGUUCGACUGAUUAUUGAACUUUUGCACUGAG